CGCUAGCCACUCAGAGGUUUCUGGGUGACACUAGACGCAACAGUUGGAGCAUUACCACCUCUGGUUUCUCGCUGCAGCUGGGACGUUGGGGUUUUGUCACAGCCAGAGCGCCGUCUCGAACUUUCUCCUCCCAGAUCUUGGCAGAUCCUGCGCUCAGCAGGGGUCUGCGCAUCGCCGCCGGGAUGAAGCUGGUUCCCGUCGCCCUCCUGUGCCUAGGCUCGCUUGCCUUCCUAGGCGCAGACACCGCGCAGCUCGACGUGGCGUCCGAGUUCCGAAAGAAGUGGAAUAAAUGGGCGCUAAGUCGUGGGAAGAGGGAACUUCGGGUAUCCAGCAGCAGCUACCCCACGGGGCUCGCUGACAUGAAGGCCGGGCUGGCCGAGACCAUCAUUCAGCCACAGGACGUGAAGGGGCCCUCUCGCGGCACCCAGGCCAGCAGUCCGGACACCGCCCGCAUCCGAGUCAGGCGCUACCGCCAGAGUAUGAACAGAUACCAAGGUUUGCGGAGCUCCGGCUGUCGCUUCGGGACGUGCAGCGUGCAGAAGCUGGCGCAUCAGAUCUACCAGCUAACAGACAAGGACAAGGACGGCGUCGCCCCGAGGAACAAGAUCAGCCCGCAGGGCUACGGCCGCAGGCGCCGGCGCUCCCUGCCCGAGGCCGGCCCGGGCCGGACUCUGCUGUCCCCACAGCCGCACGCACGCCUGGCUCCAGCCUCCCGCUCGAAUCAAGUGCUCGCCACCCUCUUUAGGAUUUAACUGUGGUAGCAGCUUUCAGUCGCAUUUGCAUUCGGAUGGAGCCUCCCGAGGCGGAGGGCUUCCCGAACCGAGCCUCUCAGCGCGGACCGGGCUGAGUCCGCCCUGCACAGACCUGGAGUCCCGAAGGCACCUUCCUGCGGCGAGCCCUGGGCUUUGCAGGGGUCUCUCCUCCUCCGAGGCGGCGUUCCUUUCGCCCAACCCCGGCCUGGGUGUUCCGGGGGGCGGGGAGGGGGCCGAGGAAUCCCAGGGAGUAGAACCUGCAGGCUCCCGGAGAGAAACUGAGAAUAAAACGCCGAGACCCUGCCGGUGCCAGGGUCCGAGCCGCUGCCAUGCCUUCCCCCAAGCUGAUUUCUCACGGGGUGUCACCCCACCGGGGCGCCAGCCCCACUAUUACUUGAACCUUCCAAAACCUAGAGAGGAAAAGUGCAAUGCGUGUUGUCUAUACAGAGGUAACUAUCUAUAUUUAAGUUUGUUGUUGUCAAGAUUUCUUUCGUAACUUCAGAUAUAGAGCUAUUUUUGUACAUUAUAUAUAUAUUGUAUUAAGGGCAUUUUAAAGCAAUUGUAUUGUCCCCCUCCUCAGUGUUUUAAUACGUGAAUGUCUCAGCGAGGUGUAACGUUGUCUGCUGCGUGGGAUGCGUGCGAGUUUGUGUGUGUGGAAGGGACUGAUUACCUCUUGUGGGAGAAGGAAACACCGCGUCUCUGUAUAAUCUAUUUACAUUAAAGGGGUGAUAUGCGAACUAGCAAACCAAUAAA